UGUCCCUCGUACGCCUCUCGCGCCUCUCGUCGUUGUCGUCGUCGUCGUCGCCGCCGCCGUGGAUACCCCCGAACCGAAUACGACGAUGCAUCGGGCUUAGGUCCGGACCGUGCGGUGGACCACUCCGAAUGGUGACAGCGCGCCACGAUGCAGUGCAGUGCCAGUGCGACGAUGUUCAGUGCAGUGGUGACGGUACUACUUCUCACCGUUUGGAUUACCCUGGCCGAAGGAGCAUGCACUUUCAAGAAGGAGAUGCGGGGCCGGUGGUUCCAAAGCGGCGUGCAGAACGUCCUGCUUAUCAACGCCUCUUACAUGGAGAGCAAAGGAGAAUGUUACGAAGAAUCUGUGGAUAAAUAUUUAGUUUAUGACAGGCACGACGAUUGCUAUAGAUGCAUGGCCAUCCACGUCAAACACAGCAGCGUGCUUCAAUACAAAGAGACUUAUUGCGAGAUGAAAUCGACAAUGACGGAGAUCUGUUACGGCAUAACCGGGGACGCGCCGCUCUACAGCAUGUUCAGGAAGUACCCGGAAACUAAGCCGAUCCCGUGUCCGUUCAAGAGUGCCCCCUUCACGUUCGCGUACAAUCGAGGCGCCGGCGAGUGCGGCAAUCCGCCCAGCAAGGCGGAAAGCUGCACCGACGAUUCGCGGAUGGUUUUCAAGUAUCAAGCUUGUCCGGAUAUUCCUUCUUCCGAAAGCAAUGUGGACGAACUCAUUUGCCUGGCGUUGUGGAAGGAGGGGUCGACCAGAUAUUUGAUAGGUAAGAUGGCUCAGGGUGGCCGUAGGAGCCUGACGUCAGAUGAAGACCAGUAUCGCUGCUUCAUUUAUCAAAGAGGAGUGGAAAACGGGAAGGUGGUGUACAACAUUGCUCAGUCAGCGGAUGCGUCGUGCAGCGGGAUGAGCAACGCCUUCGAAGGAAGUCGUACCAUGAAACUAACAACUGUAGAUAACCACCACAAUCGUUGCAAGUUCCCCGAAUGGAUAACUGACCACCAUACGUGGCUCAGCCUCGAUCACCACAAGACGUACCGGUUCUCGCAGAGAAACGCCACCUUGAAGAUCCUCGACGAUGAUCCACCGAAGAUCAACAAGGUACAAACUCAGGCGGCGUUCGCCCCCUUCCAAUUCGGAUUCGAGAGUCAGGAUCAAAGGCGGAAUUCGGAAAUGAGGGUGGUUUGUCACAGUAUACUGCAGGCUUUGGAGCACAAGAAGGUGCAGAUCGUUGCCCACGUCACUUCCGGAUGUGACAGUGGAUAUGUUUGCAUGGUCUUCUACAAGCGCGACUCCAACGUUAUUGAGUUGCAGCAGUCGGACACGUUGAUGGAGAAUGAAGAGGCUUGUGCCAACUUUGAUCCUUCCACUACUCCUUUCACUACUCUUAUAACGACGAACUUACAUACGAAAAAAUGCCCGCAUUUAGGAAAGUACAGUGUUCAAACAGUACCAAUAGAAGACAGGAGGAAGAAACGAGAUAAACCAAUGGAAGACAUGAACAACAUUCCCUUACAACCGGAGGAGGAAGACUGCGAUUUAGAAGACUAUCAAGCCUUGUCGGUUGGAUGCAGCGGCUCCAACGAGAUGGAGUUCAAGACGUCUUGCCGAAGACAGUCCUUAGUCUCAUAUCAAUGUCAUGGAAAUUGGAAAGAAAACGACAUGAACUACAUAAUAGCCAGCCCUUUGUCUAGGAAAACCAACGAUGCGUUGCGCUACUGCUUCAUCUACCAGAUCACGAGCCAGCCCCAAAGCGACGUCGUGGAGGGCACGUUGGGCCGGGUCGGGCCGCCGGUACUGAGACUUUCGGGCGCCACCGACAGCUGUCACAGGCACAUCGUGCCCGGCGUCACCGGCAGUUUGGCCUUCAACUUCACCAGCAACGGAACAUGCGCAGAAUACGACGCGAUCAACGCGUCGCCGUACGUCGUGCCCACCGUGGUGGUGGUGCUCGUGUCGUCGCUGGUCGUGACGUUAGUUUGGAGAUGAUGAAGACGAGCCACCCUUCACACUCUCACUGAGUACUAAGUGUUGCGGACUCGAGUGGACGUUUUAACAAGUGAUCAAUUUGAUGUUGAGAAUAUUUAUAUUAUUUAUUGCGGGGCUCAAGGAACGUUCCGUCGCGUCUCCAACCAAAGAAUUUAAAUUGAAUUUUCGUGGCGCGGCCUGGUCCGUUCUUUGAGCCGGAAUUAGUCAAUAUUGAAUUUUUGAUUUGGGUCGAUUGAAGAGCUAUUCGAUGCAAGUGAUGAUAUGGUAUGCUGUUGGUUUUUUAAAUGAGAAUUUUAUAUUGUACAUGUUUUUUAAAUUAACUCAAGUAUUUUUUUAAGUGGAUUACGUUUCGGGAACUAGUAGAGCUUAAGAAGGAAAAUAUAAUACACAACGAAGACGUUUUACCUCGGUUUUAUAUUAAUUAAUUAAUGACAAAGUUUUUCAGUUGUGAAAUUUAUUGUUUGGCGGAGAUAUAUAUUUGAGAAUCUGUGAUCGUGAACGGCAAAAUAACCGAAAAAGCGGCUUUUCUGCUUGAGUAUUUUGUUUCAAAAAUUAUAAUAUAUAAAAAACACUGUUACUGUCCACAAAUGUUUGUAAUUGUUUGUGGAUCGUGCGAAAUUUAAAUGAUAAAUGACCACAUUUCAAGAUGUUUUUCAUAUUUGUAUACAUAUUAUAUGUGUUGCCUCCUCCCAGUAUGUAUAUCUAGAACCUAUUCUAAAAAAAUGUCUGAAUAAAACACAUAAAAAAUGUUUAGGACUUAAAGCUAGGUAAACUAAGCAUUUUAUACAUACUCAUAGGCUCAGUAUUCUGAACAUUUUUAGCGUAAAAAUAAAAGAAAUUUUAUAUAUUUGGUACCGAUGCCAAAACAAAAUGAAUUAAAACAUCUGUUGACUUAAAAAUGAGAAUGUAUACAGAAAAGGAAAAGGUUUAUUUUGAUGUAAAGUUUGUAAAUAAAUUGAUAGUCAAAAGAAGAUUAGUAUUAUAACAAUGUUGAGGGAUGAAUGGAUUGGAUAUAUAUGAAAAAAAAAAAAAUAAAAUAACUACAACCCCCUCAAGAAUUAUUGGCCGGCCUCUCCACACUCCGGACGUUAAUUUUUGGGGGGCACGUUGUGCAAUGUUUCUUAGUGUUUUCUCUGCAUAUUUUUUUAAUGUAUAUCACCGAUUUCCUUAUUCACAAGCCAGUUUUUUCAUGUAAUAUAAUGUUCAUAAUUAUCUCUAGGCUAUAUUGAAGGAACUUUUCGAGUAACAUAUUCAUAAAAGUUGCGACCCGCGUCGCCGAUUAUUCACCGUUUUUGUGGAUAUGUUCGUUUUUUGUAUGAUAUUGUAUAUAUGUGUUAAAUAUGUGGUUCUUUCGUUUAUCCUUUUUCCUCCCGUAUUUUAUAAAUGUAUGAAAAGACUGUGAAGCUUCGGUAACUGUUUUUGAUUUAGGUAAACGGAAUGCCGACCCAUUAUUUCCGGGUCGCUUUCCAUGUUUUUAUCAUUAUUAUUAUUAUUAUUAUUAUUAAUAUUAUUAUUUUUUUGUGUUGCGUUUACUCUGUGAUUUUAGACACUUUAAUUAUAAUUUUAGGCGUUUGUUUUUGAUUUGUGUACAGUUAACAAAAGGCAGGUUUUUUAGAACGUUUUGCUUUUCAGUUUUGCUCCGGUUUAAUUUUUUGCAUUUAUCCGAUAUAUAAGUAUAGUGUGUCCAAAAAACUUUUGCUUAUCAUAUAUAAGGGUUACAAUUAUUAUAUUUUGACUAUGAAAAUAUAAUGAAAAUAUUGAA